CAGUUCCAAUGUCACUUUACCCGUUUUCAAGGCGUCAUUUACGAAGCGCACUAUGCAGAUUUGUAAUGCACGCCACAGUCCGGGUGUCAAAAAGAGUCUCGUCAGGAAUGUGCGACUGCGGUUAUGAACGGGCGGCUCUGUCACGAGCUCGGAGAUCACGCCACAAAGUCUGCGGGCCGGUGGAAAGGAAACGAUCGGAACGACGCGUCGGUGGUGAAGCAGGUGUGUGCAGCCCUCGUAAAGAAGCGAAUUAAAAGAAUAAGGAGCAGCGUAGAAACAACGCAAGCUUUUGAAUCGGGGGCGCGCCUGCCAGGCUGCUUUCAAGUCGUUCGUGUACAGAUGGAAAGGGCAUUUCCAAUUCUAACUGUAUACCAACUCAUUUAAAACAGGCUGGCAAACGUACCCAAGUGUGGAAACUAUGGAGGGGUAAAGAUGAUGCCCCACACAGUGAAGGAUUUGCGAAAGGAUUCUAGAGAGAAGGUUUAAGGAAGAGAUCGGCGCAGGGGAGGAGCAGACUUUGGUUUUAUGCCAGAGAGAGGAACGACGAAUGCGGUCUGCUUUGAGACAGCUGAUAGAGAAGCAUCGAGAAAAAAGUUUGCAUUUGGUGUUGUGCGAUUUGGAGGUGAAGGUGCAACAUCAAGAGGUCUGGAGGUGCGGAAAAGGAGGACCAGAGAAGUAGGCAGCAGUAGCAAGCCGAAGAGAUGAAUCGAAUGCUCGAGAACCUGAAGUGUGCCAUAUGUUUGGAGCUGUUCCGUAACGCAGUGACCAUUCCCUGCGGGCACAACUUUUGCCAAGAAUGCAUCGAGCGACACUGGCAGGGCGAGGAAAAAAAGAAAUACGAAUGCCCAAAGUGCCGAAAGGAGUUUGACGAAAAGCCCAUUCUCAACAGGAAUGGGGAACUUUCUGAAAUGGCGGAAAUGAUCCUGGCUGGAGAUGCCGGCGUGCCCUCAUCUCCCACAGGGUUACCGAGCCAAAGCACCAGACUGUGCGAACGCCAUCACAAAGAGCUGGACCUGUACUGCAAGACCCACCGAAUUUGCAUCUGCAGCAUAUGCAGCAUCCAGCAGUGUGAAGCGCACAAGAAAAUGACGGUCGAAGAAGCAAAGAAAAUAAUGGAGCAAAAACUCAUGAAGCAAAGCAAAGAAGUGGACCACCAGAAACAGCGGACAGAACAGAAAAUUACAGAGCUCCAGAGCAACAUGGACAAAAGAAGGAAUUUGACAGAACAGAAAACAAAAUGGAUUUUGGACAAAUUUAACCAUCUGCUACAGAGCUUAGAAAAAAGCCGGCAAAGUACAGAAAAGCUUAUCGAGGGCGAGGGCCAACGCCUGUCCGCCCAGGAGCAGAUGCAGCUGCAGCAGCUGGAGGAGUACGCAGAGGCAAUGAGGGCUUAUCACGUCAAGACGAACGCUCUGUUCCAAACCCAAGAUGACGUUCAUUUCAUUCAGGAGGCCCAAUCCAUUGAGCAGCCACAAAUGGAGAGGUCGGAUGUUCCAUUUGAAAUGGAUAUGAAGUUGGAUGAAGUGACUAAUUUACUAUCCCGAAUAUUAGGGCUGACUGGAGCGUUGGAGAAAACAACAAUGUCUGAGGAGAGCCAAGAAACAAAAGAUGGGGCAGAGGGACCUCCUUCAAGUCAUACCACCAGGACCAGUGCGGCUGAGGCUGAAGUCUUUAGGCCGUAUUACCAUCCGCUCUCAUUUGACCCCAGAACAGCCCAUAAAUACAUUUGUAUUUCCCACAAUGAUCAGAAGGCAGAACACAAAUUAAUCACACCUUCAUCAAAAGGGGGUCUUCCUGAAGAGCCUGAGCGCUUUGAGUACUGCUGGCAGGUGCUCUGUAAAGAGCAGCUUGAGGACGGCCGGCACUACUGGGAGGCAGACUUCUCUAACCCCUGGAUUUAUAUUGGAGUUGCCUACAAGAGCAUCGAGAGAAAGGCAACAAUGGAAAUGAAGCUGGGUAUGGAUGCAGUCUCCUGGUGUCUAGAAGUUGAGGACGACAGAUAUUCUGCCUGGCACAAUGGUGAGCAGAAUAAAAUAUCCCAUCGAGAGAAAUUUAAGAGAAUUGGGAUCUUCCUGAAUUACCACGAUGGCUCCCUGGCCUUCUACGGCGAUGGGAGGAGAGAUAAGCAUCUUCACACUUUCCAUCAUGCCUUCACGGAGCCUCUGUAUCCUGCUUUCUUGAUUGGAGAGGAUGUGAGUGUCACUCUAAAAUGAAAAACACUCAAUUACAAGGGCUGAUUGAGAAUUAAUGAGGCAGAUUUUUUUUUUUUAAAUUAGAAUCUGACGAUCCCAGAAGGUUGUGAACAUUUAUGAAGUAUCAUCUUUAACAUUCAAUUUGCAUAACGCGAGCAACAGUUUGCUAGCCUUGGUAAUGUCAACAUCCAUGAACCACUGUGAAUGGCCUCCCCAAAUGCGCUUCACCAUUUACUCGCACAUUACCGACCUUAGUGCUUCUACCACUAAAAUACAGCAACAUGGCUAACUGUUUGUGUAUGCUUGCAGUAACAUUAAAAACAGGAUCAUUACUGAUCUUACCAAGUUCAAUACAAGAUUCAAUCACGCACCUCCGCGGUAGUCUCACAGGAAUGUCUUCUUCAUCCGCCAUGACAAUGCAUGAGAUGCUUCCACUUGCUGUGGAACGUGGGCAGUCCAACUGCAGGUUAACAUGCGUCAACAUAUGCCAUUCAAACACCUCCACAACAUUCCCAGGUCUUCCUCCCCGCCAGAGGAACAGAACAGUCAUCACUUCUCAAUCAGCCCUUGUAAGUAGCACUUUGACUUGCAGUUUAAAUAAAGACAAAGCAAGCCACAAUCGAUGUAACAAAUCAGCUUUUUGUUAAAUACAGUCCUUACUAAUAAAAAUCUAAAACACUGUGC